AUGCAAUCAGAAGACGAAAAACACCCCUACAAGCCUCCCACGCCUGAGACCGAUUCCGCGUCGUCGGAGAGCGCCCGCCACGAUGGAACCGCAUCCGUGCCAGCAUCACAACUCGCGCCCUUCAGCAACACCCGCGCAAAUUCCACCAUUGUCGUCCUCACGGGGGUCAGCUUCCUCAACACCAUGGGAUCCGGCAUCCUGACCGUGGCGCUCCCUAACAUGUCGGCCGACCUCCACCUGAGUGAGGAUAUUAUGCUAUGGCCGGCAUCGGUCUACGCGCUCGCGGCGGGCUGUACCCUGUUGCUCUUUGGUUCCAUCGCCGAUGCGGUGGGCGACAAACUCAUCUGGUUGACUGGCAGCAUUCUUUAUGCGAUUUUCACAUUGGCUUGCGGGUUUACUCAGACGGGCAACCAGCUCAUCGCCUUCCGGACGUUGUUGGGUCUCUGGAUUGCCAUGUGUUUGCCCUCAGCGGUCAGCUUGAUGACGCGCAGUUGUCCGUCAGGCACGCGGCGGAACAUUGGGUUUGCGUCAAUGGGGAUGGGUCAGCCUCUGGGCUACUCGGUAGGGCUGAUCCUGGGGGGGGUGUUCGUCGACACCAUCGGAUGGCGCUACGGGUACUAUAUUAGUGCGAUCAUCAAUGCCACCUUAUCCGCCACGGCCUUCUGGGCGCUACCCGCCGUGAAACAGCGCGGUGGUGACGCAUGGUACAAGAGAGUUGCAAGAAUCGAUUGGAUUGGAGCAAUCAUCAUCAGUGUUUCUCUGGCAUUGCUGUGUUUUGUGAUGGCUGAACUCUCCGGGAGUUAUCGUAACAUUCGCACUGGAUACGUCAUUGCGCUGCUGGUAAUCUCCAUUGUGCUGAUUCCCACGUUUGUCGCUUGGAUGGGAUGGCGCCAGCGACGGGGGCAACCGGCCCUGAUUCCCAACAGUAUCUGGCAGAACACCACAUUUACCUCAACUUGCAUUAUAGUGUUCUUUACCUGGGCGGUUUUCAAUGCCUUCCAGUAUUUUUCAUCGCUCUAUUUUCAAAACAUUCAGCAUCACUCCGCGCUCAUCUCAGCCGUCAUGUUCCUGCCGCUGGUGAUUGUCGGGGCGAUCACCAAUCUCUUCACCGGGUACGUAGUCGACAAAGUCGAAGUUCGCACCCUGGUCUUUGUCUCUGCCUGCGUCAGCACCAUCUCUCCUAUCCUGAUGGCAUUGGUCAAGCCGAGUUGGGGGUAUUGGCGGGGGCCAUUCGUCGGGAUGCUCCUGAGCCCGCUUCAUCCAGACGUGCUGUUUACCGUGUCGAACCUGAUCAUCUCACAGGCCUAUCCGGGGGAAAACCAAGGACUGGCCGGGGCCGUGUUUAAUGCCGUUUCACAGAUCGGCAAUUCUGUCGGCUUAGCCAUCAGCGCAGUAAUUGCUGCCUCGGUUACAGCGCACUCGGACGGGGACCUGCUCAAGGGCUAUCAAGCAGCCUAUUGGCUCAUGUUUGCGGCCAUGAUAGUGGUCUGUGUGGUCAGUUUUGUGGGACUCCGCUCCGGUGGAAAAGUGGGUGGCAAGAAAGAUGAGUAG